CCAGCAAGACCAAAAAACAGAUAUUUGUCAGCUACAAUCUUCAAAACACAGACAGCAAUUUCACCUUACUCAUAGAAAACAGGAUCAAAGAAGAAAUGAUGGCUUUUCCGGAGAAGUUCUGA